UUCUGGGCUGCUCUGACCUCACAGAGUGUGAAGCUAAGACGGAUUUGGCUGUCGCUGCUCAGACGGUUUAUCUUCCCCUGUUGAUGUCAACAGUCUGCGUGAGAAAGAGAGCGCAAAAUGCGAGAGAAAAUCGGAUACUCGGGGAGUGAAUGAGUGGGGCCUUGGACGGAGCCUCUCCCAGCCAUGGUGUAGCCUAACCUUUGUGGCGGAGCGUAUCGUUUUUCCUUCGCUGGGGUGGAUGUAAUGACUGUUUAGCUGGUCAGCAGAACAUGCGAGGACUGGGUUGUUCAUCUGAUGUAGAGAUGGAGUUGGAUGAAACCGAUGAAGCUACGGGGGAUGCCAGGGGCCAGAUGGUGGCAGAGCGAUUGGGUCUGGGACACAACCUGGACCUGUCCGACACCAUGGUCCAACAGAAGCUGGAAGAGAUCAAGGAGCAGAUCCGUCGCGAGAUCCGCAAGGAGCUGAAGAUCAAAGAAGGAGCAGAGAACCUGCGCAAGGUCACCACAGACAAGAAGAGCCUGGCUUAUGUCGACAACAUGCUGAAAAAAUCGAACAAGAAGGUUGAGGAGCUUCACCAGGAGCUGCAAGAGCUUAACGCCCACAUUGUGGUCAAAGACCCCGAAGAGCUGCAAGAAUGCCCUCUGACCCCAGACACCCCGAACAGCGAGAACAGAAUGUGCACCAGCAGUAGCCGCCUGGCUGCCCUCAAAAGACAGAACGACAUCGAGCUCAAGGUCAAACAGGGUGCCGAGAACAUGAUUCAGAUGUACUCCAACGGGCCUUCCAAGGAUCGGAAGUUGCUAGCGACAGCCCAGCAGAUGCUUCAGGACAGCAAGACAAAGAUCGAGUUCAUCAGGAUGCAGAUCCUUAAGGCCAGCCAGGCCAGCGAGCUGAGCUUCGAGAGCAACGAAGUGAUGGACAAACCCAUCAUCAGCCCGCUGGACCUGCGGGUGGAAGAGCUGUGUCACCACGCCAGGAUAGAGUCCGCCGUGGCUGAGGGAGCCAAGAACGUCAUGAAACUCCUGGGCACAGGAAAAGUCACAGAAAAAAGAGCACAUUCAGAGGCGCAGGCUCGUUUUAACGAGUCCAGCCAAAAGCUCGACCUCCUGCGAUAUUCCUUGGAGCAACGUCUCAACGAGUUGCCUAAAAACCACCCGCGCAGCAGCAGUAUUGUGGAGGAGCUGUCCCUCUUGUCCACGCCGGUCCUCAGCCCAAGAUCCAGCAUCAUUUCCACACAGAACCAGUACAGCACUGUGACCAAGCCCGCUGCACUCACAGGCACAUUAGACGUUAGGCUCAUGGGCUGUCAGGACCUUCUGGAAAAUGUCCCGGGCCGUUCCAAAGCUGCAUCUAUCCCACUGCCCGGCUGGAGCCCGAGCGAGACGCGCUCAUCCUUCAUCAGCAGAGCAAACCGAAACCGCGGCGUGAGCUCGCGUAACGUGACGAAGAGCGAGGAACUCUCCAAUGAGAUCGGUGCAGUUUUGAAACUCGACAACACAGUAGUCGGCCAGACGAGCUGGAGGCCAGUCAGCAACCAGGCCUGGGACCAGAAGUUUACAUUGGAGCUGGAUCGGUCUCGUGAGCUGGAGAUCUCUGUGUAUUGGCGUGACUGGCGUUCGCUCUGCGCGGUCAAGUUCCUGCGGUUGGAGGACUUCCUGGACAACCAGCGUCACGGGAUGUGUCUGUACCUGGAGCCACAGGGGAUGCUGUUUGCUGAGGUAACUUUUUUCAAUCCUGUCAUUGAGAGACGGCCAAAGUUGCAAAGACAAAAGAAGAUUUUCUCAAAGCAGCAAGGUAAGACCUUCCUGCGAGCCCCUCAGAUGAACAUCAACAUCGCCACAUGGGGCCGCUUGGUGAGAAGAGCCAUACCGACCGUCAGCACUAACUCCUUCAGCCCGCAGGCAGUUGAGACUGGGCCCAGCAGCCUGCCUGGUUCACCCACACCCUGCAGCGACCCGCUGGUGACCAAGCUGGACUUUGACAAAGAGCCCACCCCAGGACCCAAGCACUACCCAGCACCCGACGACAACCGGGAGCCACUUGUGCAGCAUAAGAUGCCCGACAAGGAGGAAGUACAGGAUGCUCUCGCCUCAUUCGACUUCCUGAACAAGAGAAACAGCAUAGCGGUGAAGGGGGACCUGGACGGAGUAGUGGAGCAGGAGAUCCAGCAUCCAGACCUGGAGCUCACUGCCAUCCAAAAAGACGCAGAUAUAAGGGAAGAAGAGCAGUUCCACUUCAGUCUCAAAGACUUCAAAUGUGUGGCGGUCCUCGGACGUGGACACUUUGGAAAGGUGUUGUUAGCAGAGUAUAAAAGCACGGGAGAGAUGUUCGCUAUCAAAGCUCUGAAGAAAGGAGACAUUGUGGCUCGUGAUGAGGUGGACAGUCUGAUGUGUGAGAAGAGGAUUUUCGAAACAGUCAACAGCGUCCGCCACCCGUUCCUGGUCAACCUGUUUGCAUGUUUCCAGACGCAGGAGCAUGUUUGUUUUGUCAUGGAAUACGCAGCGGGAGGGGACCUGAUGAUGCACAUCCAUGCUGAUGUUUUCUCUGAGCCCAGGGCCGUGUUUUAUGCAGCCUGCGUCGUUCUGGGAUUACAGUUCUUACAUGACCAUAAGAUUGUAUACAGGGAUUUGAAGCUCGAUAACCUGCUCCUGGAUACAGAGGGAUAUGUGAAGAUUGCUGAUUUUGGGCUUUGCAAAGAAGGAAUGGGUUUCAGGGACCGCACCAGUACUUUCUGUGGCACACCAGAGUUUUUAGCUCCGGAGGUUUUGACUGAAACGUCGUACACUCGUGCCGUGGACUGGUGGGGGCUCGGCGUCCUCAUCUUUGAGAUGCUGGUUGGGGAGUCCCCCUUCCCCGGUGACGAUGAGGAAGAGGUGUUUGACAGCAUCGUCAACGAUGAAGUCCGCUACCCACGGUUCCUCUCGACUGAGGCCAUCUCCAUCAUGAGGAGGCUUUUGAGGAGAAGCCCCGAACGACGUUUGGGAGCAGGAGAAAGGGACGCAGAGGAGGUUAAGAAACAUCUAUUCUUCAGGAGCAUGGAUUGGAACGGACUGCUGGCGAAGAAGGUGAAGCCGCCGUUCGUGCCGACCAUCCAGGGCGCCAACGACGUCAGCAACUUCGACGAUGAAUUUACCUCAGAGGCGCCCAUCUUAACGCCACCGAGGGAACCCCGAAUGCUGAACUUGGACGAGCAGAGCAUGUUCUCUGACUUUGAUUACAUUGCUGACUGGUGUUAGCUCACCUGACCUCCCCUCUACAAACAAACACACACACACACAUGCAAACACACACAUACACACACUGUGAACCAACAAGAACAGAAAUGACUGUAACUCACAUCUGUUUAAAACUUUGCUCUUCCCUGCCCAAAAUGUUGAGGGGGGAGCAGCGAAUGUGGCUCCCCAGGCCUUCCGGCAGAACUCUGUGCCAUUGAGAAGAAAGUCCAGAAGCCUCCUGAGGAACCCCAGCGUCUUUUUUCUUUUUUUUAAAUCAACAUGAAGAACUUUUUUUUAACAAAAAGAAAAACAAAUGAAACUCUGUUGUUGGAGAAACUGAGUGAAGGAGGAGGGAUGCACACGUCGUCGUCGUGUUCGUUGUCUGACCACUGAGAAUGUUUUUCAUAUGAACUCCGAGAAGACGGCAACAUCACAAUCAGUUUAUAUAGUGUCACUGUCUUCCUCUUUUUCUUUCGAAUCUGUACAGAUUAUAUUCAGUCGUAUAUUUUAUUGUCGUGUUUUUUCUUCUUUCUUUUUUUCUUUGCAAAGCCCUCGCCAUAGCUUUAGGACUUUUAUCUCACUGUUAACUUUGACAUUUCUGCCACAAUCAUGUCUGAAACUGGUGUUCAGUGAAUUUGAAGUGCUUAUAGCGUCGUCACCGAACGCUCAAACACAACAAACAUCUUGACUACUACUGCUGCUUCUCGACUUGAAAUCCAAGUUAGUCUUCACACUACAUCUCCUUUCAUCUGAGGGUCCCAGUCUCUGUCUACAACCCAGUUGAACACUUUACUUACCUGAAGCUUCUGGAUACAAGACACAUAUUAGUAUAAAACUGCUCCUACUUAAAUUAAUUAAGAUUAAUUUUGAUAGACCAUCACUUAAAUCGAUUUUAUAAAAGAUUGAAUAAUUAAAGAUGCGUUUAGGCCAAAUUAAAUAAUGCUUAAUUUGUUUUCUUUUAGAUGCUCUCUGGUUCUGCAGCUUCAGCUAAAUUCGAGCUUUUGAGCAGUGAAAUCAAACUUUGUGCUUCUGACAUGAAGAUGAGUUCAGUUGAAUUUCAAAUCUAUGUCCUGUUUUUUUUCUUUUUUAUUCACCUGACAGCAUUGUUGUCGUUACCUCAGUCAAGAGUGAAAACACUAAAAAGUGACUCGCACAGUUACAGCUACCAAAACCAAACUCAUCCUGUCCCUCUAGAGGCCGCAGACAAAAGUAAUCUGAUGGAUGGUCUGACAGUGAAUCCAGUGAUGAAUUUGAAAAAUCCACAAGUGCUGAGUUAUUUGGGAACGCUAAACAUUAAACUCAGUCACUUCAGGUCUUCCCUUCUACCAGCCGAUGACUUUGUCAAUUUGCAUGUUUUCUAAAAAUUGACUCAAAUGUUUGCAGAGCUGUUGAUAUGAAUCACUACAGGGGAGGGCAGGGUAUAUUAUAUAUACAUACUGUAUGUACACAAGCUGAAAGCACUAAUUUUAUCAAUAGUUUAAUUAUCUACGUUUCUUAAUGAUGAAAAUAGAUUGUACAAAGUUUUGUUUUUUAUUCCUUGCUUGUGCAUGUUGUUGCCAGAACAGACAAGAACUUUACGGAUGGUACACCAAUUCUCAAGUCACAACUGUCGCUCAUCAUCCCGGUGUAAAAAUCAGAAAAGGCAUUUUUGCAGUCGUUUGUUACCCAUCAUGAAUGCACAAAUUAAACAUUUGUAAUAGUG